AUGUCUUCGUCCGAGGAAGAAAUAGUCAUAAAACGACAAGUCAAUAAGAUAAAGCCGCGAACGAUUAAAUCACAACCACGACACGCUGAAUUAUCCCUAGCUGAUAAUAUACAAUCACAACAGGUAUUAGAUAAUACCGAUUUACCUGAUUCGCCUAGCAAACCGAAAAAAACGAAAACUUGUGAUGAUGAGGACGGCUUCUUUACACGAUCUUCUUUCACUCGGAACGUGUCCACCAAAAAAACAAAACCUGUAAAAAUUCUCAAAGAAUUAGAAGAAAAUAAUUUUGAUGAUUUAUCAACACAUAAUGAAAAAGGUCCUCAACUUAAACGUUCAAGACAUAAGGAAAAAGCUUCAAAGUCGGAUUGGACAUUAUCUGACGAUCCAAUCGACAUUGAUAUUAGCGAUCACACGAAUGACCUUUCAGAUUUUUCAGAUGAGUCCAUGGAAAUAAAUAGAACUAAUGAUAAAAAAGAGAUUUCAAAUCCGAUUGAUAGAGAAUCAUCUUUAACACCACCACCUGAACUUAGCGAAUAUCAACUAAGAACUACGGUUGGCACACUAAGAGCGACACUCUCUCAAUAUUCGGAAAGACUUCGAUCUGAAAGUGUUGACAUCGGUUCACCAGGUGUAUCCUACGAACCACAGGAUGAUAUAGAGUUAGAUCCUGAACUUUUAGCUAUUCAACAGUCUCUUAAACAGCCAUAUGGAAAAUCAAACAGAUGCAUUGAUACUAAAGUUGAAAUAAUGGUACUUCCCGUUCGUCAUCCAGAUCUCCAAACUGCGGAUGCGAACAAAACCGUUCAGGCUGAAUUUGAAAAGCCUAUUAAAUUUAUUAUGAAAGCGCAAGACAAUUUCGAGCGAAUGAUAAAGACUAUAUGCGAAAAGAGAGGUAUAGGGAAACAAGAUAUUGUGUUGACAUAUAAAAAGGUGAAAGUAUUUCCACGUAGCACACCGGAAAGUUUAGGAAUGUCUGGCCAAGCGCAUAUGGAGGUAUUCACAAGAGAUACAUACAAUUAUUACAAAGAACGGAAUAUCCUAUUAAAACAUAGAAUGUUAGAGGAAAUAGAGAGAGAGUCAAAAUUUUCGGAUGAUCAAAAUGAGUCCGAUUUUAAUAAUACAGAGAAAAUGGUUCAAACUGAUAAUGAUUACCUUCAUCUGAAAUUGUUGAGCAAAGACGAAUCAAUUGAAAAGUUAAAAAUAAAAAAGACUUUAACAGCACAAGCUGUUAUUGACCAUUACAAAAAAAUCAGAGAUAUUCCGAACGACGUCGACAUAAAACUGAUGUUUGAAGAUGAAGCGUUAUCUGUUACUGAUAAACUGGAGGAUACAGAUUUGGAGGAUAGUGAUAUGUUGACCGUC